AUGCCCGAGAAAGAUCCGUGUACUGAUAUAACAUAUGAUAAUGGAAUCAAAGAAUUAUAUGAAUGUCAUUGUUGUUUACAUCUGGUUUGUUUAUAUUAUUUGAAUGAACAUGUUCAAAUAACAAAACAAAAUAAACGACAAUUAGAUAGUUUUCGUAAUGAAGUAAAUACAGUUGUAAAUACACUUAGAUUAAUUGUUAGAGAAAAACUAUUGAUUAUCGAAUGCGAACAAAACUUAAUUGAACCAACAAAAAAAAUUCUUGAUGUAUCCAGUAAUUCAAUUGAUGAACUACAAAAUAUUUUCGAAUAA